AAUUAUUGCUAUGGCUAUGAUGGCCAUAUGCAAAUAUAUAUGCCAGCAUGCCUACGGGUCCACAAGUUUCAGCGUCAUUCGCUCCCGCUGUGAGCUGUGUCAUGCCCAUUCCUAGUUCUACGGUAUCCAUAGCCGUAACUUCCGAGCCGCUGCCCUCGCUUCGAUCGGGUGAUUUUGACACAACCCUUCCUGAAUCACCCAAGGACAUGUUUGCUGGUUUUGACACCAAUGCUGCUGCCGCGUCGACCGCGCAUGAGGCAACUAGCGUGGGUGGAGGCGAUAAUCGUGCGUCGAGCAGCGGCAUUGCUGACGAUGGUGCUCGCUUGAUUGAUGAUUUGUUUAUACCUACCGUUUGUUGGGAUCCUCAUGCCCAGGAUAAACGUUACCAGCCUCAAUGGAAGAUUGCUGAAUCUUCCCGACUUAUCUUUCCUCCAGUUGUCCAACAUUGGGUUGAGAGGGCGUACCCCCCCGCCGAAGCGGCGUAUGUUGAGGGGUUAAACAAUGAGGAUUUGAUGAAUUCGUCUAUAUCAGAUUCUGUGACCCUACCUCGCCGGUUGGUAGAGAUACGGCGCCGGUGGGUGCGUGAUAACGCCCAACUUCAUGAGGCCCGGGUCAUUAUCCAAGAACUGAGGGAUGACAAGCAUCGCCUCGAAAGUCAACUGCAGACCGCUGGGUUGAAAGAGGCCCGAUUUCUGUCAGAGAAGAAUAAGGCCGAGGAGGAUUUGCGGAGGGUAACUGAACAUCUUGCUGAGGAAAGGAUCUUAUGGGCCCGCGAUAUGGCGGAAAAAGAUAGGGUUUUGGCUCAAGCGAAAAAUGUACAAGAGGAGUUGGAACGCAAGGCUGUGGCAGAGGCUCAGAAGGUUCAGGAGCGGUACCAGGAUUUGACAACCGAAGUAGAGACCUGUCAUACCAAGAUCCGACUGAUGCAGGGAGAGUUGGAGGAGCGUGAAGCAAAAUUCGAGGAGAUGCAAGAUCAUUGUGAUUCCCUUGUCACCCAAAACAAUAAGCUUGCUGCAUCGUCAUCUUCGAAGUUAAGGGAGGUGGAGGACGCGCUGGCACAAUCCCAUGCAGAGAUCGAUGAUUUGACCAACCAGCUAGCGGCUAUGCGGGGAGACAGGAAUUGGUUGAUAACUAAUGGACUAGUGGGGGCGUUCGAAUUUCUGCGUGAGUCGUCCCACUUUACUAGCCUGAUUGACCGUCUUUCCGCCGCUGCCUACCAAGCUGGUCAUCAUGACGGCGUACUUAAAGGCUACAUGGACUGCCAGCAAGCGGAAAGAGUCCCGCCGGACUUCCAAAUUCUCAAAAAUAAGUUACAGGCUGAUAUGGCGAAGGCUCUUGAAGCUGCGUACACCGAGCCUCUACCUUGCUAUGGCGAUCUGAUGGAUAAAGUUAAUGAAGAUGGAAUAGACUCGCUACGUCUGAUGCUGGACCCCGCGGACGAAUCCGAAGAAGACUGA